GUGUACCCUCGAGGGGCGUGGCAGCGAGUGUGUGCGCGCAUCUGCCAUUAUGAAACGCGAUCGCGCGGAAGCUGACAGACUUUUGAUGUGGACGCGUCGUUGAUUAACAUUUUAUUAACAUUUCCUGUGAAAGUCCUGUAAGAGUCAGAGAUGUCAAAGGGCACGGUGGUCUUGGCGUACAGUGGUGGUCUGGACACGUCAUGCAUUCUGGUUUGGCUCAAGGAACAGGGUUAUGAUGUCAUCGCUUACCUGGCCAACAUCGGACAGGACGAGGACUUUGAGGCUGCCCGCAAGAAAGCUGAGAAACUCGGUGCCAAGAAGGUGUUUAUCGAGGACCUGCGUUCUGAAUUCGUUGAAGAGUUUAUCUGGCCGUCAGUGCAGGCUAACGCCAUAUAUGAGGACCGAUACCUGUUGGGCACAUCGAUCGCCCGGCCGUGUAUCGCCCGCCGGCAGGUCCAGAUCGCCCAACAGGAAGAUGCUCAGUAUGUUUCCCACGGGGCCACUGGAAAGGGAAAUGACCAGAUUCGAUUUGAACUAACCUGUUAUGCUUUGUACCCUGAAGUGAAGAUCAUCGCCCCAUGGAGGAUUCCAGAGUUUUACAACCGUUUUCGAGGAAGAAAAGAUUUGAUGGAGUAUGCUGAGAAACAUGGUAUUCCUGUUCCAGUCACUCCGAAGGCUCCGUGGAGCAUGGAUGCAAAUCUCAUGCACAUCAGCUAUGAGUCUGGAAUUCUGGAGAAUCCGAAGAAUCAUGCACCGUCAGAUCUCUAUCAAAUGACCAAGAGCCCAGCAGAUUCACCAAAUGAGCCGGAUAUACUGGAGAUUGAGUUCAUGAAAGGUGUGCCAGUCAGAGUGACACACGUUAAAGAAGGACAAUCCAAACACACCUCGCUGGAGAUCUUCACUUAUCUCAAUGAGAUCGGUGCAAAACAUGGUGUGGGAAGGAUUGACAUUGUGGAGAAUCGUUUCAUUGGAAUGAAGUCAAGAGGUAUCUAUGAGACGCCCGGAGGAACCAUCCUGCGUGACGCUCAUCUGGACAUCGAGACCUUCACAAUGGACCGGGAGGUCCGGAAAAUCAAACAGAAUCUCAGCAUCAAUUUCUCUGAGCUGAUUUAUAACGGUUUUUGGUACAGCCCGGAGUGCGAGUUUGUCCGUCACUGUAUUGAUAAGUCACAGGAGAACGUUGAAGGCCGUGUUCAGCUGUCUGUGUAUAAAGGACACGUUUACAUCCUCGGCCGUGAGUCACCGAAAUCUUUGUACAACGAGGAGCUUGUCAGCAUGGAUGUUCAGGGAGAUUAUGACCCGUGUGACGCGUCUGGCUUCAUUAAGAUCAAUGCGGUCCGGCUUCGAGAACACAACCGUCUUCAGAAAGCCGCUUCGAAGAAACUCUGAGUCUGUGAUGUUAAUAAUAACAAACUGUUACAUUUAAAUGUGAUUAAAUCUGUUACAUUUGAUUAAAAACAUAAAAAAAUCAGCGGACAAA